AUGGCACAGAACGCUAUGGGCAGGCUCUUCCAAUGGCAGAGAACAUCCCGCCUGGCUACCUUUUCGCAAGUUCGCCAUGCCUCAUCUGCUAUCCCAGUUUUCUCCCCCACAGCGUCGACCGAAUUGAACGAGGCCCUCAAUCAUUGGCGACAAGACCUUUUUAUCCCGUUCGGCCUCCCGAAGCGACAGCGUACGAGCAUGUUCAAGGAGAAACACGCCCACAGACUCCAAGAUGAACCCAUCACAGUUAAAAUUCGCGAGAACGAAGAAUACACCUUACGACCACUGGACUUUGCCUCGCUGCCCAAGAGCAAGGAAAUCAUUGACGUCUUGCGCCUAAUGGAGGCCGCCAAUGACUACCAAAAUCUUGUGCCUUUCAUGAGUGGACUAUGGAAUUCCCAGAUGCGUGUCUCCCCUGCUCGGUGGCAAUACCUCAUCCGCAAGGUUGCCAGCACUGGCCGUCUCUCCCUCAUCGUCGAAUGCGCCAGGCAAGGACAGCGCACCGGACUUUCAUUAGAAAAUCAAGAUAUCACCACGCGCCUGUUUUACGAGCUUCACAGCAUGGCCCAGAGCGCAGAGUUCAAGGGUCACCAGGUCACUGAAGCUCUCAAGUCGGCUAAGAAUGCGCUGGAAGUUAUGGAUUCUUACCCUGCGAUCCCAACCACGAACCCGAAAUAUCAGCCGUAUGUUAUCGGAACGUUGCUGGAGCUUAGCGCCGCGCGUGCCACAGAUAAGUUCGAAGGCAAGGACCAGGGCAAUGAAGUUCUGAAUUACGCGAAGAAGCUGCUCGCUCGGUGGAAUGGCGAGGACUUCAAGGCUGUCCCUAAGAACGCCUUCGAUGCGGAGGUUGUGGACCAGCGUUUGAUUAAGGCUAUCCCCAUCUUCAAGGGAUUGGAGCUGUGUGGGUCUAUCGACAGCAUUGCAGCGGACAAGGAAUUGCGAAUUGUUGUCAGCCAGCGUCUUAAUGAGCUGAGAGGCGCUUUGGCCAAGCAGUUGGAGAGGAUCCCUAAGGAAUCAUUGGAGAAGGUACCACACGCUAAGGCUGCUAAGGCGCUCAUUGCGCGAAGCUAA